UUGUAUACACGUGGUUUCAAGUUUUACGAUCAGAAGUACAAUAUUGCACAAGAGAAAAUCGAAUCCUGUAAGCCUAUCCAUCUUACCUUCUCGUGGCACGUUGCCGCUUAACGUUCCGCACGCGAUCACGGUGACAACGAGCUUCCUUCCUAAUGCCUAGUGUCAGGUUAGUGAUAAAGCCGAGAGUAAGGAUGCGUGCACUUGUCGGUCGUCGAAAAAAGAUGAGGACAAUUGUCGUUUCCGGCGUAAGUGAAUUACGAGACGGCGACACAUCAAUCGACACGUGUUCGUGCUUUCAGUGAAUACCACGAUCCGUCGUAACCAUCUAUUAGAGAUUCCUCUGACGAGAGGAAGUACGCGAGAGAGAAUCGUGACACACAAGAGCAGAGUCAAGUUAAAGAGUGUUUUUAAGUGUUGUUUCAUCAAGUAUUGCGCGAAAGAAAGGAUCGUACAGUGUCGUGCAAAAUUGCGAAACGGAAAGACCGGCGAAACUGGAGUAACAGGAGAAGAAGAAUUCGCGAUCGGAGAUGCGAAUUUAGUUGGAUACACGCAGGGGUCAGCGCCGUAGAAUGAGUGAUACCUCGUGACAUAUCGAGUGGAGAGAGAGAUAAAAGCGGGCGCGAGAGUGCUCGCUCGAUGAAUUACAAACUGGUUUGUGUUGAUCUAACGGUUGAUCUAACGUCGUCAUUAAUAGUAAUUUAAAAAAAAUCCUAUUAAUAUUACAUAAUCCUCUUCUGAAUAUAUAUAUGUAUAAUAAUACUCAUUUGUGUGGAGUGUGAUUAUAAAAUUUACCGUUUGUUCCAAGUUUGAGAGAUAUAUCGUCGUAUAAAAGAAAUCUAUAACUAUAUACAUAUAUGUAUGUAUACGUGUAUAUACAUGUAUGUCGUUAACGAAGAUGACAUAAAGAAAACAUAGGCAUAAAAGCCGACACAAAGAGAGAAAGAGAGAGAGAGAGAGAGAGAGAGAGAGAGAGAGAGAGAGAGAGAGAGAGAGAGAGAGAGAGAGGAAGAGGAAGAAGAAAGGUGACGCUUAACGACCAAACGAAUGUUGUCAAUUACUAUUUAAUCAUCGUGUUAAAGUUUCCACGUUCAAUUAUUAUAAAUGUUGAAGUUGGUUCGUCUGUAGUCCCCCGUUAAUAAUCUACCUCUCUUAAGUAUCGACAACGAAAAAGCUCGGAAAACGGCCUAUAAACUAUAUCUAUGUGUAGAGUGCUACGGAUUUCGACAAUGAUUGUACCUGGUUUGAUAAGGUAUUAAAUCUGCUUUUCGGAAAAGGGAAGAAACGAGAGCGCCGUUUUUUCCAUUUCGAAGAUAACAACGGCGGCAUGAACGAGGCCAGUUACAAAGUGCCAUUUGCAGAGUGUCGUGCGAUCUCGAGCAUUUUAUCAAGAUUGGAUCCUAACGACUUCCAAACUUUGUGUACGCAGUGUAGCCUAUAGAACGAAACGUGAAAAGAGACACUUAAUACAUGUAGACGUAAAAGUGAUCAAGAAAUCGUAGGACAUAGUUAGACUGUGUAUAAGAAUUCAAAAGCCAACAUGGAGAUCAUGAUGAAACGCGACGCAACGACCAAAACCUCGACUACACCAAUGGCCUCCGUGAGAUUCACCAAGCUGCAAUUCAUGUUCCUUCUUGGUCCACAAGGGAGAAUGUGACUUGAUUUGGUAGAGAGCCUCGACGAUGACUCACUUCAGGGAUCAUCAAAUAGAAACAUAGGCGCAUAAAAACAAGAAAAGAGGUUACGAUAAAAGUACUUGCAACGCAAUCAGAUUAAGGCUGAAAUAUGGAUUCGACAAAAUUAGGCGGUCCAGCAUCGACUAGUCCCAGAACUCAUUCGCCAGUCUUACCGAGCUAUCCCGCAGCCGGCGACGGCAAUAUCGAUUACAUCAUAGGCGACUACAUGGAGAGACUAGGCACGAGACUGAACAUCCUUGAAACCGAGUUGAAGUAUGCAUGGAGAGCAUUAGAUCUCCUAAGUCAAGAGUAUAUUAAAAUGUGGGAGAGAUUAGAAAAGCUGGAGGGUCUUUUGUACGAACAACAGACAGUCAUUAGCCAGCUGAUCGAGUUUUAUACCAGCGGUGGUACUCACGACAAUGUAAGUAUCGUCGAGGAGACUUUGGCAAAUCAGCAAAGUUCAGUAGGCGAGCUAGAUGCGAUAGCAAAGAGCCUGGGUGCUGCGAUAGGCAUCGAGGACACCACCGUAUUACGAGAGAAACUGGCUCAACAGGAACUUGCAAGGAUGCACGGACUCACGCAGGACAGUACAACGGCCGCGGCUGUGGUCACUGAUAUGCACAGGAAUGUCAGGAAUUUGGAUACCCUCGAGGAAGAGGGUAACAUUCCCGACGAGGCAUUCUACAGAAGCCUGAAUAACGCGUACAGGGAAGAUCUGAUUUGCGGCGAUACAUCGAGACCGACGUCGCAGCUGGGUAUGAUUUGGGAGGAAGCCGAAGACGAGGACAUAAACGGAAAGAAAGAGAUCGAGACCAGUAUCUUCGACAAGACUAUACCAAAGGAUAAAGAACUAGAAGAGCUAUCUAGCCAACCGACCAAGGAGGAAGUGCAAACCUCCCUAAUGAAGAAGGAAGAUGAGGCGGAUGAGGACGAGGGUGAGGUGUUUAGUGCGGCUGACUAUAAGAGCUACAGAGGGAACACACCAUGCGUCAGCGAGCAAGAUCUUGCUCAACUUUCGAGACUCAGUUCCCUUGAUCAAGUAGCAUUAGAAAAAUUACACGAAAUAGAUAGGCUAAGCAGCAAAUUGCAAAAGGAUUCACAAAAUUUGAUAGAAUUGCAAUCGAGACUGAUAGACUCGCCGAAACGCAACCAAUAUGCAUCUGAAGCCGAGGCGAAACUGGCGGAGGAGGCGAGCAGCAUAGACGAACAACUGAGGAAGAUCUACGCGGAAACCGAUGUGGACAGUUGGACCUUUUCCAAAAGUCCCGGCUCAACCGGCAGAUCGAUCUCCAGAGUCAGCACUGACAGUGGAUUGGCCACCGAUGGCGACUUCACAACGAGAUCUAUAUCGCCAAGACUGACCUCUACGUCCAGGAGUAAUUUAGACUCCAUUUCGACUACUUAUACCCCGCCUAGAUUAGGAUAUACAUCGGCUAUAUUAGAAAAGAGCCCGGAGCCCGUGAUCCAGUUGCCGAUCGAUGUCGGUAGCUUUGCAAAAGGAUACGCAGAGAAUAAGGAGCUGACAGAUCUGAUGGCAGAGAGCUUUGCGACUGCCGUCACUUGCGCCUCACCCAACAUUUAUAGUACAACCACCGAGAAAGUAUCGUCACCCACUUUAUCAGCCGGCAGCGUACACAGCGUUCACAGUGUCCAAGGUCUUCGCACCAGACAGGACGGUUACUUUGGUAGUGCCGCUCGACUCAAUCUCGAAUUCCAGGAAAGUCGUACGCCACCUAGUCCGUCACCUAGCUCACCACCUCCACCAGCACCAAGAGACACCACCGAAACUUUUCUUAUGCCCGGCGCAGAGCAAAGAGAACCGGACGCGAAGAGAUCUCAGAGCCCGAGUUUCAUACGAAACGCGGAAAAGCUGGUUUCCAUGGAGCAGGGUCGUCUUAGUCCUCGCACUCCUCACUCGCCCAAAUCACCACGAGUAUCGCCGAAACACGCGGUUAAAUCUGGCAGUGCCGCUAAUAUAGUCACAGCUAAAUCUGAUUCCGGUCUGUCUUCUAUGAGUGGUUGGAGCAGUUUAGAUAAGUCGCCGUGUUCCCCAAAGAGUUCUAUCGCUAAAAUGUUGACUUCUUAUUCGGUAGAUCAUACCCGCGCAAGUAGUCUUAUACCUAGUACACAGCCCGCCAGAACAUCUAGUCCAAUACCGCCACUUCCAGAAACGACCACUACUACCGUUAUCACGCAGGAACCUCUCUAUGACACUCCUGAAGGUAGGGACGCCUUCGCGAAUACCAUGACGACUACAUCCAGUCCUUACACAACUACAAUGAAUCACUUGUCGGCAUAUACGACCGCCAGUAAGUCACCGGCCAAAGAAGACUAUACUUUUGAGCCACCAACAGCCCCGAGUGUAACUACUACCUGUCAGAGCCCCAAGAAACGUCCCAUUCGUCAGCAGAGUAUUCAACAUAUUUACGGCUCGACGUCUUCCGGUACGAGCGCAGAUUAUAUUUACAGAUCGGAACAACCGGCUAUUUACUCCGUAGCUGGUAGUAAUCGACAGCAGGGUAUUACAAGUGUCUAUACCAGCGGUUCUGGGAGUUACGGACCCAAGACUACCACCUCGGCUUAUUACUCUUCUUCUGAGUCAAUGGACCACCAAUAUACCAACUAUCAAGAUAGUUAUGGUACUCUUCAAUAUACGGAGACGACGAGUACUAUGAUGACCCAUGGGAAGAAGCCGAUACGCGGAAGCUCUUUCACAGAUGGUAUGACGAACCACGAAGGAUACAAGGCAGCAAUGUAUCGCACAAUGUUUCCCACCGGCAACAUUACGGAUGCUCUUUCGUAUUAUCCGACCAGCGCGACUAAUCUGGCGCGUACGGAGACAAACGAGAGUUCGUCAUGGCUAAACUCGAUGGAGGAGCAGAUACCUCACGAUUCAACAUCUUCCAGCAUCAGGUCCUUAACUUCCGACGGGAGCUACGCUCAAAGCCCGUACACGGACCGGAGGUAUCCUCAACCGCCGGCCUAUCAAGCGCAUUCAGCAUAUCAACAGCAUCAUAUUUAUGCGAAUCAGAAUUAUCCACAAGCUUAUCAGCAGCAAUAUCAGCCGUACAGUCAGCGAUUGAGUAGUGCCGAGAGCGCGCAACUGGCAGAUGGUUAUCAAAGACAAUGGCAAAGGGAACAUCAAUACAUUCAAGAUCACGAGAGCGGAAGGAUAGAGCAACAACAGACGCAGCAGACCGACUAUUAUGACGCCUCGAGUGUAAUAGUCUCGCAAUCCGGAUACAUCAGUAUCUCCUCGAAUUUAAAAGAUCAUGAGAUCGAUAAUAACAAACUGUCAAAAAAAGUAAGGAGAGGCUCUUCGCUAAAGAACGCGAUGAGCUCUAUGAGCAAUUGGCUGCCUGAUUUACACCUUACCAAACGUCAUAGAAGUCAAUCGUUACCAGGUGGUGUCAGAAGAGAAGAUCUAGAUGUGCCGCAAGACGGUCAGCAGCAAAGAUUGCCUGUUGAAAUGACAGGCAGAGGUCGAGGUAGAGCACAGACUGCCAGGAAAAAGAAAAAACAUACCUUAGUUUCCACGGUCUCCGGCAUUCUCCAGAAGGCCAAGCGUCGCAGUCAUCAAUCGCAAUCUCUGUCCGAUCCGGAACAGUCUGAGACAGAAUGGAGCAGUGGUCGGCAAAGCGGUCUCUCGGAGGAUGAAGACAGUGUCAUGUCUGACAUUGUUCAGGAACCACCUUUCUUUGCUAAAGUAAAGACGGCGAGCACGAAAAGGAAACAACCUCCUCAGAUGCCGCAGCAGAUGAUAGUACAACAGCAACAACAGCAGGCACAAAUUCAAGCGCAACAAAAAGAAUAUAUGCAACAACAACAGCUCCAGUUUCAGCAGCAGCAGGCGCUGCAACAACAACAGCAGCUCCAACUUCAGCAGCAGCAGGUGCUUCAGCAACAACAGCAAGCUCUUCAACAACAGAUACAACAGCAUCAGGAACAAUUACAACAACAGGCUCUUCAAGAUACAUGGCCCAAAGAAAAGGAUCAAAGAAAGAUAGAGGUUAACGAGCAUGACACAAACGAUCAGAUGGCUUUGCUCGAAGAAGAAGCUUCAGGAAAGAGUACUGGUUCGGGAUCCGGUGGAUCGUCAAUUUUCCAAACCGUCGGUGAUAUUAAGAGAUCGACGGGUAGUUCAGAUGAGGCCCCUAACGAGAAGGCGCCAAAACUGCCUCCAGUUACUUUGAUUGGUGGCUCAAGUAUGGAAUUUGCUGUGUCACGAGCGCUCGGCAAAUACCGCCAACGACAAUCUUCGACAGUGUCUGACGAGCAAUCGGCGACCGACGAGAAUAACGAGAAAAAACCGGCCGAGGAGGGCCCAGCACAAUUGGAAACGAGUUUUGAGUAUCCGGAAGAUGUGUCAGAAAAAAGCGAGAAGAGUGAGAAGUCUAGCAGCGCAAAAUUACCGGAACUGGUUACCAGUUUAUCGGAAGAGGCCCCACCGUCGGAGGGCAGUCCAUCGGCAUCCAUAAGGGGUUACAAUACCACGGGAGGAAGUCGAUUUCUACCACGCCACCAGCAAUCUCUAGAAAUUCCUUGGGCCGGAUCACGACCGGGUGAACCUGAUGAGGAUAAUCGCAGUACUCAUUCAUACAGAAGUACAUCGAGAGUGUCCUCAAGGCGACAAAGCACCGAGGACUCUAUUGAUUCUGAAGAUGAAUGGUACUGUUACGAAUUAAGAAAACUUGAGGAGCUGGAGAGACAAUCUGAGAUGGAAAUGACCGAAGCACUGAUCGAAGAACCUGAAGAUGAGGCUUAUCAGCCGGACGAAACGGUAAAAGAAAAAAUGUCAUUUGUUCUGAAAGAACUCAAGUUGAAAGCCAUCACAAAACCGAAAGAUCAGAAAAAGGAAGGAAUCAGAGAAGAAACGCGAAGCAGGAUGAACGGUACAGUCGUUAAGGAACAUCGCUUCGAAGAGAACGAUAGCAGGUAUCGUGACGAGAAGCCUAUACCUAAACGGAAAUCUGCAGAAAGCGUGGAAUCUGUGUUCGCCAGGGUAACCGAUUACCAUACGUGGGCGCACGAGAUAGAAGCUAAAAAGGAGAAGCCUCCACCGCCUACGGAGGAGGGUUCUUCCGGCGAAACAUCCGGUCCGGAUAGUCCCGGACAAUCGAUGGACGAGGAAGAGGAAGAGGAAUUGCCGAAGGAUCUCGAGGAGCAACAGUCACGACGAAGCUCCAACGGUUCGACGCUACGUCACAGCGAGAAGAUGCCGCAGGGCUCGGAUUCCUUAUCCCGCGAAGGUAGCGUAAGUGUACCACCUAGCGAAGUGUCGGUCAGCAUCCCGGGAGCUUGGGAUUCUGAAAGCACUGUCCUUGAAGGCCUCGAGCGCGAUGGAGCCGGUAGCGCCGAGACAGCUACCACGGCGACCUUGAGUCUACCGAAGAUCAAGAUCGACUCCUCGUCCUGCGGAAGCUCGGACACGACAUUGAAGGAGGGCCAGGUGAGUCCUGGCCCACCCGGGUCCAAGUGGAAGCUGCUCAAGGCCUUGAAGGAACGUAAGGCCGAGGAGAAGCUCAAGGAGGUCGAAGAGGCCUCUAAGGAGAACGCUAUCUCUCAGGGACCCACGGCAAACGGCAGCGGACCAGGCGGCGAAUCCGGUGGACGAGCAAACGGACAUCCAGGCGACAAUCCUUUCUACAGUACCAUCGACAGCAUGCCGGACAUUCGACCGCGACGGAAGUCGAUACCAUUGGUUUCCGAGCUGGUCUUGAAGACCAUGGCAGCGACAAAGAGAAACGCUGGUCUCACAUCCGCCGUACCUCGAGCGACGCUGAACGACGAAGAACUGAAGAUGCACGUGUACAAGAAAACUCUGCAAGCGAUGAUCUAUCCUAUAUCAUCGACCACUCCUCACAAUUUUGUCACCUGGACGGCAACGUCACCGACGUACUGCUACGAGUGCGAGGGUCUUCUCUGGGGUAUCGCUCGACAGGGAGUGCGAUGUAUGGAGUGCGGCGUCAAGUGUCACGAAAAGUGCAAGGACCUCCUGAACGCCGAUUGCUUGCAGAGGGCGGCUGAGAAAAGCUCGAAGCACGGCGCUGAGGAUAAGGCGAUUAGCAUAAUCACGGCGAUGAAAGAAAGAAUGAAGCAAAGAGAACGAGAGAAGCCAGAGAUCUUCGAACUGAUUCGGUCAGUCUUUGGGGUCGAUGAAAAGGCACACGCGGGUCACAUGAUGUCAGUGGAGCAGUCGGUUUUGGACGGUACCAGCAAGUGGUCGGCGAAGAUUGCUAUUACAGUGAUCAGCGCUCAGGGAUUAAUCGCCAAAGAUAAGAGCGGCACAUCCGAUCCAUACGUGACGGUCCAAGUUGGUAAAGUAAAGAAACGUACGAGGACUAUGCCGCGAGAACUGAAUCCAGUAUGGCACGAGAAGUUUUACUUCGAGUGCCACAAUUCGUCCGAUCGAAUCAAAGUUCGAGUGUGGGAUGAAGACAACGACCUGAAGUCGAAGCUGAGGCAAAAACUAACAAGGGAGAGCGACGACUUUCUUGGACAGACCAUUAUUGAAGUCCGGACACUCAGCGGCGAGAUGGAUGUCUGGUACAACCUGGAAAAGAGAACGGACAAGAGUGCAGUGUCGGGCGCCAUUAGGCUGCACAUUAGCGUUGAGAUCAAGGGCGAGGAGAAGGUGGCACCUUACCAUGUGCAGUACACCUGUCUACACGAGAAUCUCUUCCAUAGUCUGUGCGAGGAAAACGGCGGCAUGGUGACCCUGCCUCAGGCGAAGGGUGACGACGCCUGGAAGGUUUACUUUGAUCCUCCCGGCGAAGAACUCGUCGACGAAUUCGCCAUGCGUUACGGCAUCGAAAGCAUCUACCAGGCGAUGACGCAUUUCCACUGCCUCUCAACCAAGUACCUGUGUCCAGGCGUGCCGGCCGUUAUGUCGACCCUCCUGGCGAACAUAAACGCAUACUACGCCCACACGACCGCCAGUCCGGCCGUGUCAGCUAGUGAUAGAUUCGCCGCCAGUAACUUCGGGAAAGAAAAGUUCGUCAAGCUAUUGGAUCAGCUGCAUAACUCUCUCAGGAUCGAUCUGUCGAUGUACAGGAACAAUUUUCCCGCCUCGAGCCAGGAGAAGCUGAUGGAUUUGAAGAGUACUGUGGAUCUGCUGACGAGCAUUACGUUCUUCCGUAUGAAGGUCCAGGAACUGUCAAGCCCGCCACGGGCCAGCACCGUUGUGAAGGACUGUGUGAAGGCGUGCCUGCGAUCAACUUAUCAGUUCCUUUUUGAAAACUGUUACGAUUUGUACAAUCGGGAGUUCCAGGCAGAUCCGAACGAGGCGAAGCGAGACACGGACGAUCAUGGGCCGCGACUCGACUCACUCGACUUCUGGCACAAACUGAUCGCCCUGAUAGUUUCGGUGAUCGAGGAGGACAAGAACAGCUAUGCACCUGUGUUAAAUCAAUUCCCUCAGGAGCUCAACAUCGGUCAACUGUCGGCAGCCACGAUGUGGUCUUUGUUCGCGGUGGACAUGAAGUACGCCCUGGAGGAGCACGAGCAGCAUAGACUGUGCAAGUCCUCGGCCUAUAUGAAUUUACACUUUAAAGUCAAGUGGCUACAUGCCAACUACGUCAAGGACGUGCCGCCAUAUAAGGGCGCCGUGCCAGAAUACCCAGCCUGGUUCGAACCCUUCGUCAUGCAAUGGCUUAAUGAGAACGAUGACGUAUCAUUAGAAUAUCUCCACGGUGCCUUUAGUAGAGAUAAAAAGGAAGGCUUCCAGAAGAGCAGCGAGCAUGUGCUCUUCAGCGUCUCCGUCGUCGAUGUUUUCACACAACUGACGCAAUGCUUCGAUGUAGUAUCGAAGUUGGAAUGUCCAGACCCAGAGAUUUGGAAAAGAUACAUGAAGAGAUUUGCUAAGACCAUCGUCAAAGUUUUAGUAGCUUAUGCGGAUAUAGUGAAGAAGGAAUUUCCCAGCCAUCUAAAGGAGGAACGAAUUGCGUGCAUUCUGAUGAACAAUAUUCAACAACUUCGGGUGCAAUUAGAAAAGAUGUUCGAGUCAAUGGGUGGCGACAAGCUCGAGGAAGACGCGGCGAACAUAUUGAAGGAAUUGCAACAACAGCUAAACGGCGCUCUGGACGAUUUGGCUAUACUAUUCGCAAACAGUUUGGAACCGCGAAUAACAGUUUCCGUUAGGGAACUAGGAGACCUUCUGUUGGCUAUCAAAGGCGGAGGACAGGUAACUCUGUCGCAGCCGGCGCAAAGAAACAACGUAGCCGUAGAAGCCGAUGACGUUUUGAGGCCGCUUAUGGUUCUGCUCGACGGUAGCCUAUCUCUCUACGCUGAAUCGUGCGAAAAAACGGUAUUGAAAAGACUACUAAAAGAACUGUGGAAGAUAGUCAUGAGAAUUUUAGAGAAGACUGUCGUUUUGCCACCUAUGACAGAUAAGAGCAUGAUGUUUAAGAAUCUGACAGAUAAUGCAAAGAACCUUGCUGCAAACGCCAAGAUAGAAGAUAUGUCGAAGCUGUUUAAAAACCAUAUGGCUGGAAAACCCGAUGUUAAAAAUGCGCUUAGUGGAGUUAUGGAUAUUUCCAAGGAGGUCGAGAAGAAUCUUUCGCCGAAGCAGUGCGCGGUUCUCGAAGUCGCUCUGGACACGAUCAAACAGUACUUCCACGCUGGCGGUAACGGCUUGAAGAAGACGUUCCUAGAAAAAUCACCGGAACUGCAGAGUCUUCGUUACGCAUUGAGCUUGUACACACAAACGACGGACACUCUUAUCAAGACCUUCGUCACUUCGCAAGUCAACCAAGUGCCGCUGAACGAUGCGUCAACGCUACGUCAGCGUCAGCGUUCGAUGAGCAGCGAGAGAGGUGACGAAGGGGAAGGAGCCGAGGGUAUGGAAAGCCUCGAGGAACCCCUUCGCCAGACCAAGCCCUCUCUUCGUCGAGAGAGUCGACAAGUUCCAGAUACCGCUGGUUCGGAUGAGGGUUCGGUGGGCGAAGUGAGCAUUCAAGUGGAUCUCUUUACACAUCCGGGAACAGGAGAGCAGAAAGUUACUGUCAAAGUUGUGGCCGCGAACGAUUUGAAGUGGCAAUUGGCGACGGGUAUGUUCAGGCCAUAUGUAGAGGUGAAUCUAAUCGGACCGCAUCUUACUGGUAAGAAGAGAAAACAAUCGACGAAAUCGAAGAGCAAUAACUGGUCGCCACAAUUUAACGAGAGCUUUGACUUCAUGAUCGGUAACGAGCAACAACAGCUAGACUUCUACGAGUUACAUAUCUGCGUGAAAGAUUAUUGUUUCGCGAGGGAGGACAGGCUCGUCGGAGUCGCAGUGAUGCAACUUAAGGACAUCGUCGAAGAAGGCUCGUGCGCGUGCUGGUUGUCGCUCGGCAAGCGUAUUCAGAUGGACGAGACCGGUUGGACGAUUUUACGAAUUCUCUCACAGCGUAACAAUGACGAAAUCGCUAAAGAAUUCGUGAAACUAAAAAGCGACAUCAGGCAGGAGACACCGCUGCCGAAUCCCACUUGAAGAGAUGCAUUAAUAAGCCAAUAGCGAAGCGACUCGAGUACUUCGAGCUUGGAAAGAGCCCGAAGAGGAGAAGAAAAAGAAAAAAAGUGCAGGAAGAGAAGGAGAAAGAGAAGCAAAAGACCGUCCAAAGAGAGUUAGCAUUUGAUGCCUUCGAUGCUACAAGCGAACGAAACCUUUCACGAUUUCGCGAUAGAGGUAUAAUUCGCGCGAUUUACCCGGCAAAAACGAUUACCAAACCCUUCCGCCCUUCUUCGCUGAGAGGUACACGAUCCAGGGAGGGACAAUCCUAACGACGGGAAUCGAUUUACCAUGGAGCUUCUUCUCUGCAGCUUCCUUCGCACCGCGCCAUGGAGUUAAGUCGAGCGUAAUUCCUCUCCCUUUUUUACAAAACUUUCACACACACACACACACACACCACACACAUACACACACACACACACACACACCACACACACCACACACACACAAAGGGGAGGGGGAGCUUCAAUCCCAUCCCUGGACAGCGACGAUCGAAAACUAUCAUCUUCCACAGAUCUCGAGAUAGAACGACGAGCUAGGUCAACCUUGCGUGACUCAACGUUCGUCCUGCGUACUAUUGUAAUAAUGAAAAAAGGGCGAUUUCUCCCGCCUGCGUUUACAGAAAGCUAAAAUAAUCAGCGGAGCGAAUAAUCUCAAUAAUGACGCUUCAGUACUAUGUGAGGACUUCUUCGUACGAGUGUUGCAGGUGAGACGCAGAGGGGUACGAAGAUACGAAGGAGAGAUUGUUCGCUGAAAAAAAAAAACGCGAAAUGUGAAAAAAGUGCUGCCAGUACGCAAUAUAUUUGGUAAUAUUCGUAAUGUAAGCUAGGACGGAGAGAUUAACAUGGCGGAGGAUUCAAGUACGGUGCUUCGCGCAAAAUGCGACAGAAACUCUCGAUCGGGCGCGUAAUCGGACCCGUCGUUUGCCGAAAGACUGACUUCGAAAUGAAAGAGGACGAAAAAGCGAGUCCACGUGGUGGGUCCUUGAUCGCGACGCGGUUAUAUAUAAUAUAAAUAAAAGACGAAAUCGAAUAUAUGUGAGAUUAUAUACACAAAAUUUAUAUACCACGCGCACACCCUCAGACACAUUUACACACGCGCGCGGUAAUACGACCGCGUCGUUUCUAGGCCGUUUGUUCGGGAGGACGAGUUUACUGUAGAUACGUGAAAACGUUGAGACGAACAAGUUUUUUCUAAAUAUACAGUUUAAUUGUAGCAUUGCGUACGACCAAAUAGGCACGUCCUGUAACCGUCACGCAGCGACGUGCCGUUAGUAAUAAAAACAGAAAAAAAUUAGUAAGGCAUUGUAAUUAUAAAGUACGUUCUUAUUCGUAAGAUUAUACCUGAAAUGAUCGUAAGAGUCCGACUGUUGCUAAUGAUGUUGCUGCUGUUGCGAAUGAUGCUGAGAUCCGCCCGAGAGCUUCGAGAGCUACGCGAAAGUGGGUGUUGUGCGUUGAUUUCGCACCUUCGGAAGUCGCUAGUAGAACGUAACGAAGAUACAUCCGACAUCGCGAACGCGAAUCCUCGUUCUACGAACCACAGCGAGUGAGCGAGCGAGCGAGCCUACAAAAUUGAUACUUUAUACUCUUGUAAUUAGUGCUGUCGAUACUUGGCUACCCGAGUAUUUCAAAUAUUAUCCAAGUGUGACAGAUUACCUUGAAAUGUUACCAAAAUUUCGAAUUAAAUAAUACUCGAGCUUCCCGAGUAAUAUCCGUUCACUUCGACAGUAUUACUUGUAAUCUUGUAGCACACGCAGGUAAUUAUACCGUAGCUUUUUUGAUUCUCUCUCUUUAGCUACUGCUGUUCUUUACAGCAAUGCCUAUCUCGAACGAUAUGAUAAUACGACUGAAGCAGUGGACGUUAAAGCUACUAUUAUUAGUAUGACUAUCGCUACCGUCUCUUAGCUUCAUCGCGUCUUGUACAUCUUGCCUCGUGUGCAUAGUGGACGUUCGCCCAUCUGUAGAAACGUGUUUUCGCCAAUUUCUUUUAUCCAGAAUUCUUAUUAUCGGAUCGCGAUGGCGAAAGGGUGGAUGAAAAAUCGAACCCCUCCUCGUUACGAUCACACGAAGCUUCGGUCGGAUCCCUUCGUAAGAAAAACUUAAACGCGACCUCGUAUCCGAUGAAUCCAGUCAUCGUCUAGCCCAAUGGCUGCAGAGUCGGGCAGGACAGGUACAAUUAACUCCGGAGAUUACGCUAUUAUAUUCAAAAAGUUUCUACUACGUAGUACGUCUAGAUUACUUACAUAUUGUGUAUAGUGUUUAAAACUGCUGAUGUAGCUGCGAGCGCGGAAUUUUCGGCAAAUAGACAAAGAGAAACAA